AUGAAUUGCUGUAUCUGUCCAAAGGGUGCUGUAAUUAAAUGCUACUGCUCAGGGAUUAUAUGUUGCGAAGAAUGCUUCGAAAACCACAAAUCAGCUUUAACCCAAAUCCCACAUUUUAGCAGAAAAAUUAUAAUUGAAGAUAAGCCUGAUAUUACUAAUUCUGAAGACCCAAAUAAUAGCCAAAAAAAGCAACUAAUUAUUUCCAAAGUAGAAGAAGAAAUUAAAAAAAUCACAGAAACAACAGACAAAUUUAAACUAGAAAUCAUGGCAAAGAUAGAGCACCUUCAAUCCAAGCUGAAGGAAAUUCUGAUGAAAAUUGAAGGGAAAAAGCAAGAAACACUGGAAAAGCUGAAUUCUAUAAUACAAAAAAUUGAUCAAAUUGAGCUAAAAGAGUUCAGCAAGUUCAUGAAAAGUGGGCAGAGUUUUGUAAAUGUAGAAAUGAAGCUGCCAGAGUUCGAAAAUAGCUUGGAUGUUUUACUUGAGGUAAAGUACGAAGGGCCGAAUAUAGGCCCUACAAAGUUAUAUCAUAUUAGGCAAGAUAAAUUGAGAAUUUAUGAUGUUUCUAAACAAAGUCUAGAAACCUUUACAAUUCAGGGCUUGAAAAGCAAAGCUUUUUCAGCAAUUGUAGGAUUUCCAGGGUCAGUCCUUGUCACUGGAGGAUCUUCAAUUCUUGGCCAAGCUGUGAAAACAGUUUAUGAAGUCAAUCUAAAAACACGUGAAUUUAUCAAUCAAGCUGACCUGAUCACGGCAAGAUAUUAUCACUCAGGCUUAUUUAUUGAUAAUUUUAUAUAUGUUUUCGGAGGAAUAGGAAUAGGAGAGAUUACUGCGUUUGAGCGAUAUGACAUAAAAUCUAAAAGUUGAGAAAUGCUAGGGGAUCUGCAUUUAUCAAGAAAAUUUCCUGGUUUAUGCUAUCAUAAGAGCAAUAUUUAUGUAGCUGGUGGAAAUAAGGAGUUCAGCAUUGAAAAGAUCAGUCUUGAAAAUUUUUAUGUUGAAAAUAUAAAAUUGGAAUUUCCUCUUACUACCCGCCUCCGUAAGCGGACAAAGCAAUUGGAAAAUUAUAUUUUUGGUAAAAAUCCACACACCAUGAGCAAAAUUUUUUAUUAAAAUAAUAUUUUGAUAUGUAAUGAUAAUUAAUAUAAUGAAAUAUCUAGCUAAUUUCUGUUGGAAUUUAACAUUUUGAAAUAAAUUUUGCAAACUAAAUUAAUAUUUGCUUUAAUAUUAUUUUUUAAAAAAAUUACUAUAGAUUUAUAUAUUAAGAUUAAGAUUAAGAUUACGCUGGGUAUUUAAGGUCCCUACUACGUCCGAGGAAGCAUUCCACGGUUUCCCGUGUGGUGGCAGAGCGUUCACCAAGCCCGGGCCGAAAGCCCGGUUUCUCGGUAGAGGUAUUGUCAAGGGCCGUCUUAUAACAGCUUUGCUGACCGCCUCCAUUUCCAACUUGGAUCGUCGCCUAAGUUUACGCCAACACUGCCGCGUCGUCCGCCAGAUCUGCCCAUUGAAGGGCACCUUUUCAACUGGAGAGACCCCCCCGCUUAGUUGUCUAACUCGCCUUCCCCUCUUUUCCGGUCAUCCCGAGAAAGAACUCAACAGCUUUCGCCAUUCGGAGCGAGCCACAAAAGCAGUUUAGGCAGGUAAGUCGCCCUGCCUCAUUUCGGGCACUCACUGGGCUGAGCGCUGCUGGCAAAAAGAAGUCACGAGUAACUGCCCAUGGGUCUGGUCGCAAAAGCAGCGGCUUUCGCGCUUAGGCCUCUCGCUUCGAGGUCCCAGACGUUGUUGGGCUAACUCCUGGCUCCAAAAACCAUGCCCGGAUAUACAUGGGUAACCACCACUGAGAGGGUGGGUCGGUCGCCAUACGCCAUUUUAUGUAUUAUACUAUAGAUUUAUAUAUAAAAUUUUUAAAAAACAAAUUUAAACUCCCUCGUAAGCGAACAAAAUGUUUUUGUUCGCUCAUGGAGAGGGAGUUAGUGAUCAAGGCUGCACACUCGCUUCAACUGAAAAAGGGAUCAUCAUUUUUCAAAGCAAAAAAAUUUGCUUGAUAGGAGAUGACGACACAGCAGGCUCCUUGGUAUCUAUUGAAGAUAAACUAAAUUGGUGAAGCCAAUCACCGCCAGUUAUUCAAGAUAAAAAUAUUUGCAUUUUAAGAUUUUCUGACCUUUGUGUCUUUCAAUUUAACGUCUUAGCAUCAUCAUUGACGGAAGUAUACAAGAUUGAUUUAAAUAAUACAUAG